AUGCAUGAGACGUUCCGUGUUGAGUGGGCGCCGAAUCAGGGCAUUUCGGUUCUUUACUCACAGGGCUUUACCGCUGUUGUAUUCAACGACAAGAUAUACCUGUUCUAUCUUCCUAGAUACGGCUUCAGCUCCCACAGGUAUGCUUAUGUUGCCUUUGACGGAAGGCGCUGGGAAAAGGCACAUACCCUUGCUCGAUUGGCGACAUCCGGUGUUACGGCAGCGGUUUAUCAGAACAAGCUGUAUCUGAUGCAUCGAGGAUACGGCGAGGCUGACGUUAAGAAACUGUGGUAUAAUGCCUUUGAUGGGAAGCGUUGGAUAACGCUUUCUAAGAAGACCGGCGCCAUGCUUAUAUCGGACUGCGAUGAUAUCAAGGAGGAUAUUUGUUCUGUUGUUUAUGAGGAUAAAAUGUAUGUGUUUUAUAAGAAGUUGAGUAAUUCGGGCGUAUAUAGACAUGUAUUCGAUGGGAAUAAGUGGGCUGGGGAACAGGUUGAGGGGGUUCAGACUGCGAAAGGGGUGGCUAGCGUUGUUCAUUAG